GUUCGACAUGCCAAGCCGAAUUCCCUUGAUUUUGGGUGCUGGAGACUUCGGCGAUGCAGAUAGCAACGGAAGAGUCUCUGAUCCUGCUGUUGCACAGGAUUUUCUAGACUUUCUAGUAGAUCAUGGCCACAUUGGUAUUGACACCGCACGGGGAUAUUGCAAGGGCACGUCCGAAAAGCUUGUAGGGCAUCUUGACCUUAGGGGCGUCGCAUGUGUAGACACGAAGAUUUUUCCGUCUCAGCCAGGCGACCACUCUCCGCAAAGGCUGAAGGAGAUUCUCGGGGUCUCUAUGGACGCCCUGAAUGGCAAGAAAAUUCGCAUCUUUUAUCUCCAUGGUCCCGACCGUAGCGUGCCUUUUGAAGACACGCUUGAGACAGUAGACAGCCUUCACAAGGCCGGUUGCUUCGAGCAAUUAGGACUGAGCAACUUUAUGGCCUGGGAGGUCGCGGAGGUCGUAGGGAUUUGCAGACGCCGCGAUUUCAUUUUACCAACCGUGUACCAGGGUGUGUACAACCUCAUAGAUCGCCUCCCUGAGGACGAGCUCUUCCCUUGCUUGCGUAAGUUCAACAUCAAAUACGCCGCAUACUCUCCGCUGGCUGGUGGAUACCUUACCGACCGCUUCUUCGUGCCCGAGUCAGGCAAAGAGAUUCCGCUGCAGAAAUUCGACCUCAAGUUCACUCCUUCCUGGUACCAGGAUCGGUAUUUCCCCAUGGCGUCCGCCAUCACCGAGCUCCAGCGGGCUGUCAAAGCGCAUGACCUGACUUUGACUGAAGUGGCGUAUCGAUGGCUGCAGUGGCAUAGCAAGCUGCGCCCGGGUGACCACGGCAUUGUCAUGGCGGCAAGCCGCAAGGCGCAGAUCGAGGGCACUGUAGCAGACUGUGAUAAAGGCCCCUUACAGGGGGUGGUGGUGCGGGCUUGCGAAGAUGCUUGGAAUAAAUCGAAGGGCGUAGCCAAACCGUACUGGUUGUAGGACGAGCUUCAGGUUGAAUUCCAUCUCGCGGAAUGUCGCCCUUCGUGCCCAUUCUG